GGGGCCAGAAGGUGGACUGAUGUGAGAGGCGACAGCGGCCCCUGCUGUUGGAAGGCUCAAGCUGCAAGAGAGGAGGCCACUUCCAGCCUGAGGUGUAGCCCUGCAGCCUGCUACAUGCUUCCCAGGCGGGAGAACACCAACACACCUUCAGUGUUGGUGUCAUUUGAAGAUGUGGCUGUGGACUUUACCCAGGAAGAAUGGCAGACAAUGAAUAAUACUCAGCGGGCCCUGUACAGGGAGGUGAUGCUUGAGACCUAUAACAAUCUGCUGUCCUUGGGGUACUCCAUGACAAAGCCUGAUGUGAUUCUCAAGUUGGAGCAAGAAUCAGCACCAUGGACAGUGAAGAAAUCUGUCAGGCAGAAAUUUCUAGAAUAUCAGUCGCCCUAA